CACAGCCAAAACCCUCUGGAGGGAAGGGACCAAGAGCAGCUCCUGUUUGGCGUCUGAGCUCACCUCAUACCUGUGACACAGCAAAUCCAUAGUCAUGAAGAUCCUUUACCUGCUCUUUUCUCUCCUCUUCUUGGCACUCCAGGUUUCUCCAGGUUUGUCUUCACCCCAGCGGGACAUGUUUUUCUGUAGAAAAGGGUCCUGCCACUAUGGAAGGUGUCCCAUCCAUCUGAUUAAAGUUGGAAGAUGCUUUGGGUUUCGCUCCUGCUGCAAAGCGUAAGCCAUGGGAUGUAUGAGAACUUCACGGAUUGUCCAUUCGAGAGCGAUGAACGUUUCUUCUAAACCUAGGAAUCUGCUUGAACCCCCCUUAUUGCUAAAACCACUAGAUUCUGUUACAAAGCCUCAUUCACCUUUUGUUUUUAAUGCAAAAAGCUUGAUGGUGUAGAGUAAAUCCAAAUGCAUUCUAGACUGCUUUCUCUCUUUUUGAAUAAAUUGCUGCUUUGCAUUUGCA